AUGUCAUCCAAAAUGGCGAGCUUCCAACUCCCACAGUUGCAACCGGACAACGAUCUCUGGGGUCCCGCUUCGGGCUCCAACGCCCUCCCCUCCGAGCUCAAGGACAUCCCCUUUGCUCCUUACGCAAAGAACGACAAGGUAGGCCGCAUUGCCGACUGGAACAACGCUUCGGGUGCAUCCAACGACGCUGCCAACGCCCGUGGUGGACGACAGGGACGUGCACGCGAUGUUCAGCAGAACUUUGGUACCUCGGCCGCUUCCUCCGCCUUUGCUUACUUCCACGGUGAUGACGAAGCUUCCUUCUCCGUUGUCGACAACACCCGCACUGCUGCUUCUCGUCGCGGCGGACUGGGUCAGAUGGGUCAGCGUGGUGGACGUGGUGGUCGCGGUGGCGCUGGUGCUGCUGGUGGACGUGGUGCUGCCAAGUUUGGCGCUGGUGCGGGACGUGGUGGAGCUCGUGGCGGUCGGGGUGGUGCUCGCGGUGGUCGCGGCGGUGGACGAUUCGGUUGGAAGGAGUGGGACAAACCCCAGCGUAUCCGCGAAGCUUCCGUCACCGUUGGUCAGGACUGGGACCAGGUGGAGGAGAUCGACUUCGUUCGCCUCGGUAAACUUCAUCUCGCCGUCGAGGAGCCCGAGGACAUCUCCUCCUACGGCACGCUCUUUGAGUACGACCGAUCCUACGACCGUGUCACCGUCAAGACCGCUCAGGCUCUUUCUUCCAUCGACCGCAUCCGCUACAACCCCACCACCUCCGAGGACCCCGUCAUCCAGGACAUCGCCGCCAAGCAGGAUGCUCAGAUCUUCAUGACCGACUCCAUCCUCGCUCUGCUCAUGUGCGCCACUCGUUCCGUCUACUCGUGGGACAUCAUCAUCACAAAGACCGCCGAUGGCAAAGUCUUCUUCGACAAACGUGACGGCGGACCGUUCGACUAUCUCACCGUCAACGAGAACGCCCUCGACCCACCCAGCGAGGCUCCCGAAGGCAAGGAGAACGAAGCGGCCUCCAAAGCCAACGCGCUCAACACCCCCUCCGCGCUCAGUCUCGAAGCCACCUACGUCAACCAGAACUUUGGUUUCCAGAUCGUCAACGAGAAGAACACGUACAAGCUCGAGAACGAGAACCCCUUCUAUUCUUCCGACGAGACCGAUCCGCUGGCGUCGUGUGCAUACCGAUACCGAAAGUUCAAUCUCUCUUCGGAGGAAGCCGACCCUGUCGAGCUCAUUGUUCGUACCGAAGUCGACGCCUACACCGUAGGUGCAUCCAAGGAGAAGCAGCUCAUCACCAUCAAGUCGCUCAACGAGUUCGAUGCCCGCGCCCAAGGUGCCGGUGGUGCCCUCGACUGGCGACUCAAACUCGACUCUCAACGAGGUGCCGUCGUCGCCACCGAGAUGAAGAACAACUCGUUCAAGCUCGCCCGCUUCGCCGUCCAAUCCCUGCUCGCCGGUGCCGACAGCAUGAAGUUGGGCUACAUCUCGCGUGCCAACCCCAAAGACGCCUCCCGCCACAUGAUCCUCGGUACCUCCUGGUUGAAGCCCAGAGAACUCGCAGGUCAGAUGGCCAUCAACCUCGGAAACGGUUGGGGCAUCGUCCGAACCAUCGCCGAUCUCGCUAGAAAGGCCGAACAGGGCAAGUACGUCUUGUUGAAGGAUCCCAACAAGCAGACCAUCAGGAUGUACAAGGUCCCCGCCAACUUUGGCGAGGAAAUCGACGACAUUGCCGAGGAAGACGAGGACGACCAGCUCGACGCUUAA